AAUGGACUGCCAUAACUUGGCACGUAUCUUUGGACCAACACUAGUUGGACACAGCACUCCGAGCCCCAGCCCACAUGCCAUUAUGGAAGACACCCCACGCCAGUGCCUGGCCGUCUCCCAUCUCCUAGCAUUGCCACUCAAAUUUUGGAAACAUUUUAUAGAAGAAGAGCAAGAAAACCUUGUCCCAUCAGUACAUCAGCCCAUUGUAAUGAAUAAGCAAGAGGCCAGCACUGUCCAGUUGAGUCCAGGAAACAGCUGCUUUCCCAACAAGCUUCUUAAGUGCAUGGGCACAACUUUGCCACUUUUGGAUGUCCCCCGGGCCAAAAAGAUGGGGAGAUUCUUACCGUUUCCAAAAUAAGGAGCUACUCAAGGUGGCCAUUUAUUCUGAUUG